UGCAAACCGCGCGUGCAUCACGAUGUUGGACCUCAACGGGAACAUGGCGACCUCCUACGAUCCGGACCAGAAGAUUUGGAGUGGCUCCUCGAUCCAGAGCCUCUACAACGAAGAACUGACUGUGGGGCAAAUCAUCUUCCGGCAGUUGCAGCGGCAACCGCAAAGGAUAUUCCAGAUCUCGCACACGGAUAAUACGCGGCUAACCCGAUUCCAGAUGCUGCAAAACGCGGCCAAGAUUGGCUGCUAUCUGAGGGAUCAGGGAUUUAAAACAGAGACGGAUUUGGUGGGCCUCAUGGCUAGGAACUCCACCCAUGUGGGUGCAUUGGCCUACGGCUGCAUGUUCAACGGAACUCCCUUUCACGCCGUGAAUCCCAACUUGGAGCAGAAGACCAUCGCCAGUCUUUUCAAGAUCACCAAGCCCCGGAUCCUGUGCUGCGAUGUUGCAGAAUACGAAAAGGUCAAGGAUAUUGGAGCCUCGCUGGGAGCUCCAAUCAUAAUUAUCAACGGAAAGCUACCAGGUGUCAUUAGUGUGACUGAUCUGCUGCAGAAUCCCCUUCCCGAGGACUACGAACCCACGCAGUUCCAACGCGGUGUGGAUCGCACCAUGGCUAUCCUCUGCUCCUCCGGCACCACUGGAACCCCCAAGGCAGUGACCAUCUCCAACAGUCGGAAGCUGUUCGAGACCCACAGCUACCUUGGUUCAGAUGACGUUCAGUACGCUCCCAGCACCUUGGACUGGGUAACAGGUCUCAUCACCCUGGUCACUGCAGGAGUUUUCGGCACAGUGCGGCUGAUCUCCAGCGAGAUGUUCAGCACCGCCCACUUCCUGGACAUCUGCGAGCAGCACGAGAUUUCGUGGACCAUCAUGGCCAACUCACACGUGGCCAUGUUGGCCAACUGUCCCAAUGUCCGCUCUCAAAGGCUAAGAAGCCUUAAACACUUGAUCUUCGCUGGAGGCCAUUGCUUGGUGGCCACUAUAAAGAAGAUGCAGUCCUUCCUGCACGGUCCUGGGAUUCUGAGGAAUGCCUAUGGCCUCACGGAGGUGGGAACACUGGUGUCCUACAACUUCGACACCCAAUCCAAGCCCACUUCGGUGGGUCGUCUCAUGGCGAACAUUCGGGUAAGGAUUCUGGACUCCUCGGGGCAGUUGCAGGGUCCGAAGGAAUUGGGUGAGGUUCUCUGCCACAAUGGGCAACCCUGGAGCGGAUAUGUGGGCAAUCCGAUGGCCACCGCCGAGAUGAGGGACUCCGGCGGAUGGUAUCACACCGGGGAUAUUGGCUACUUCGACGAGGAUCACUACCUGCACAUCGUGGAGCGCAAGAAGGACAUGCUGAAGUACCUGGGCAUGAUGUACUAUCCGCACGAAGUGGAGGAGGUCAUCGCCCAAAUGCCCGACGUGGCCGAGGUCUGUGUCUUUGGCAUUUGGCGGGAGACGGAGGGAGAUGCCGCAGCCGCAUCCGUGGUGCUCCGAUCAGGAAGUAAGAUGAAUCCAGAGCACAUAGAGCAGUUCGUUCGAAAGAAUGUAUCCGUGCAGUUCAAGCAUCUCCACGGAGGAGUGCAAAUAGUUCCGCAACUUGCAAAGAGCGCCAACGGAAAGGUGAAUCGACAAGCUGUGAAGGCAGCCUACUUGAGUAAUUCAAACCAGUCCUAAAACAAAAUAAACAAACAAAUAACAGAGAACACUUUGUUUAUAACACCACUAUUGUUAUAAUAAUAAACAACAAAAAUGAUAUGAUUA